AUGGCGAAGACCCUCUUGGACUUCGUUGGUGACAACGACGACGUGACUCCUCGUCGUUCCAUGGAGCUUCUUUGGGCAGAUGCCGUUAGUCACCUUCCUCAGACUGAUGGUGAAGUCUUCCUGCCUCGCAAUGUCGUCGAUGGCAUUCUUGACAUGGAUCAUCUCCAGGCGAUGGCGACUCGUCUCGCGUGCAUGCUCAACAAGAAGGUUGACAUUGUCCUUGAUGAAUCCAUCGAUGCUUACCGCAUGUUCCCUAAGCAGCUCAACGCUGAGCAUGAUGAGAACUUGUGGGCUGAUCAACAUGGCCUUGACCUCGCCGAUCACCUUCUGAUCUCCAAGUCUCUCCACGAGGCUGGUGAUUCUGUCAAGCUCCCCGCCCGUCCAACCAAAGUCCCUCGCCCGCCCAACUGUUUCAUUCUGUACCGCCAGGCCAACCACCAUUUGGUCAAAGAUGCUAACCCCGGCGUUUCUAACAACGAAAUUUCUCGUAUCCUUGGUGCGCGCUGGAACAACGAGAGCCCCGAAGUUCGAGAGCAGUUCACCCGCCUGGCUGAUGAACUCAAGAAGGAACACGCUAUUAAGCAUCCUGAUUACCAAUAUGCUCCUCGUCGUCCUUCCGAGCGCAAGCGCCGCACUCCUCGUUCCCGCGUCAGCUGCCUGCCUUUUGUCCAAGCUGAUUCCCACUAUGAGGAGAUGUUCGAUGAUGCUGAUUUCGAAGACCGAUCUAUUUCUAUUGACGACAACUUCAUCACUGAGCUGAAUGACGAUGGUCUACUUUUCGGUCCGAACGGUGUCGAGCCACUUUCUGCUCCUUUCACCCACGAGGAAUGCUUGCAAAUGAGCAACGACCUGACUUCGGGCAACAGCCUUGCCUCGAUGGAGUUUCUUCCUAUGAACACCGUGUUCUAA